AAGGAAACGACAAAAAGGUACUUGUGAUUAUCCUGGUCCUCCACCGACUGCUCAAGUACCCCGCCGCCCUAUCCUGUCCUGGUUCCCCCACCUCCACUUUCUUUCCACUCUCUUCCCACUUCUACCUCCGACCUCAUUCAUCUCAUGCGACAGCCUGAACUCGAGUGAACAUCACUCUCUCCACUCUAUACGACAUCACCACCAGCCUCAACUGCUUCCUUGCGCCGAUAGUCGACUGCGACAUACACAUCUAGCUCUUAAUAUUUAUACUUUAACGACUAAACUCUCUACAACAUCACCAAAUAUGGCGUCCGAUCAGGACAACUCCGGCCUCGAUGCGCCCGGCUCACAAUUCCACCGACCAAUCUUGCAAUCUAUGCCCGAUACGCGACAGCAGAGCUUUGACGAGAUCUACGGUCCUCCAGAGAACUUUUUAGAGAUUGAGGUCCGCAACCCAAGAACACAUGGCAUGGGCCGCCACAUGUACACAGACUACGAGAUCCUCUGCCGUACAAACAUUCCCGCCUUCAAGCUUCGUCAGAGCAGCGUCCGUCGUCGAUACUCCGACUUCGAGUACUUCCGCGACAUCCUCGAGCGCGAGAGCGCCCGCGUUACUAUCCCUCCUCUGCCCGGAAAGGUCUUCACCAACCGCUUCAGCGACGAUGUUAUCGAAGGUCGUCGCGCAGGCCUCGAGAAGUUCCUCAAGAUCGUCGUCGGCCACCCCCUGCUGCAGACGGGGAGCAAGGUCCUGGCUGCCUUUGUCCAGGGUGAGUUUGUCGCCAUGUCCAUCUUUGCCAUCAUGAUGUCUAGGUUGACACAGAAUCGCAGACCCUAACUGGGAUCGCAACGCUUGGUGACGCCUCCGUCUGAUCUGGCCCUUCAAAGCCAUGUCUUCUCGCUCUCGCUCUCCAUCUCCAACUUCAGCUCCGCGCCAACCUCGAAAGCUCCGCAAGCGGAAUCCGGCUCUCAGCCAGCGAGACGCCCUUCUCGACAACAUGCCCUCCCCGUGACUACAUGAGAAAAGUCAAGCAAACGAAAAGAAAACGAAACGACAGGAGAGGGUGGAAUGGGCGUUCCUCUUCACGUACAUACUAUUCUCUUUUUGUUUCAUGUGGGAAAAGCAAACUCUGGUCCAGUCAUUAUGUUUUUAUUCCAAAGUUGUUCUUUCAACUUGCAUCCCAUCCUACAUUCGAAGCUCUGGGACUCCCUUCUUUAGCUUGGGGCGUUGAUGGGCUAUCUUGUAUCCGUAUCAUCUGCUCUGAAUAACAAGAGUGAUCCGACUCAUGAGACCCAGACCAUGAAGCUAAAGCGCAUUGCUUAGAAUACAAUAUCAAAGUCAGCAAAGUGGUUUAAUGUUCAUUCAUAUUGGCUUCUAAUCAUCACUCCUCGGAGAGUUUCCUUCUCCAGGAUGAGGAUAAUUUUGGGACGAUAUCGCCAAUGUGUGACGAUAUCCAAAAAUAGAGGCGCCUCUACUAUUAUACAUAAUUUCGUACAUGGCCUUUGUGUGAGCA